AUGGUGGAUAAGGGCAGGUUAGUCAUAGACAAGAAGAGACCGCGCCGGCUGGGCGGCCUUAGGACAGUCUGGGGCAAGACAUGGUCGGCUUGUCAAAAACUAGCUCUCGAGCUAGCAACGCGCUCGGAGACGAGGACAAGCAACGGGAAGCCAGGCCAGGGCUUGCCACCCUGGAUAACUGGUGGGCCGUGGCGGAUAUACUCGAUCUGUAAGGGUUAUGAAUGGUCUCGAGCUGCUAUAGGAAGGAAGGCGUCGAAAAACUUGCCCCUAGGACGACCGAGGGAUCUACGGUACGGUGUCGCCUUUUACUCGACUCGCACUCGAGGUGCCGUAACGGGAGGACUCCUAGGUGGUACUGCUCGCGCCGGGAUGGCGCUGCGUAUUCCGGACUUAGAAGGCCAGACCGCAAAGAGGCAAGCCCGACAACACGCCGACCCCGAGAAGACAGAACCAUGCACACCAUACCGAGCCUCAUCGACAACGCUCUCAGCGGCCCACAGGGCCCAAGCAGAGUACCAGGCCCUGCCGGCACGGGUGGGGACAUGGUCCAAGAAGAUUGACACAGCGCUGCCAGGCAGUCACACGCGCACGGUAUACGAUGCCAUAACAGCAACUCAAGCCAGGGCUCUUGCCCAACUGCGCACAGGGAUGAUAGGACUGAAGGGCUACCUGGGCAGAAUUGGAGCCACGCUAGACGGGUCUAGGGCAACUACCGGUUAA